ACUUCCUACAUUCCAUAAUUUGACUCAUUUGGUGCUCUGCUAUAAUUGGGAUAUAGUUCCAAGAAUGCUGCACCUUUGUCCUAAGCUUCAAAAUCUUGACCUUUUUCAGCACAUAAAAGGAAGUUUUUGGGAGGAUGGAUACUUUGGAGAAUAUGAGAAUGAAAAGUGGUCCCAUCCAAAAUCUGUUCCAGGUUGCCUUUCAUCAAACCUUAGAACUUGUACGAUCCGUGACUUUGCAAUUGGAGGCCUACAGAGUUAUCACAUUAUGUUAGCAAAAUUUAUUCUGAAGAAUUCAACAGUUUUAGAAAAUAUGUCAAUCUGGUGCUUCGGGAAACAGUCUGAAAUAGAAAGACGAUUAACCUCGUGUUCAAGAGCUUCUGCAACAUGUCAACUUUCAAUUUAUAAUAACUUUAAAUAUCGUUAUAGCGCCGAAGAAAACAAAGAAGUGAGCAGCAUACCCAGAAAUUCAAAGGAAAAUUGCAUAAUCAUGUAGUGUGUGCUAUAAUUAUGUUCAAUGCUAACUAGCCUUUUUUUUUGUUGGUUUCAAAUUUGUUUUAUAAGUAUAAACUUAUUUCUUGCUAACUUUAUAUUAUACCUAUUUGUUGGUUUGUGUUUUG